GGAUCAACACGCGCUCCCCUCCCUUCGCACCUAUUCCUCGAUGUUUCCCCAACUGAUACUGUAAUAUCUGCCUACCUACACGCCUCCCCGUGACAGCGGUUAAACGCCGGUGUCAGCUCUCGGUGUAAUAGAAAGACCCAGGCAGGGCUCUAGGUCUCUUCAGAAUAACAUGAAGGCGAGCGACGAGAGGAGCUCAGUGCUGAAUUAAAUCAGUCUCCGCUUAAUGGAUCUCUGAGGCUCGCUUCACAGAUGCUCGCUGUUGAGUGAUCCUCAAAUCUGGAAUCUUUUUAUUUCAUUAGUUACUUUAAAUAAUUGCUUUUAAUCUUUAACGCCAUAAAUGUAUCCGCAUCCUUUGAAAUUGUAUUGUAUUCGAUGUGAGAUACAGUGAUACUCCGUUUAGUGUCGGGACGAAGGUUCCUGUUCUGCUAUCACUCAGCAGGUCACUGCCUACAGCGUAUGUGGCAAUCAGGCUGUAUCCAGUAAUUAUUCUGUCAAGCUGGACCUUCAAAAUGUUCAACUACUGCUGCUCCUGAAUCUGCACUCCAUUUACAAGUACCGUUAAGAAACCAGUGAGAGAAUUCAGGAAAGAUCUACCCUCUACAAGGCUAUCAGGGAUGUGUUCAAUAACUGAGGACUCCAACCCAGAUUCCAUCAGUUAUUCAUCUGUGCACAUGGGAGAGACAGAGAAAAGAGAGAACUGCCAGAAUCACCAAGAUGAGACAAUUUAAUGAUGGUAGCCUCUGAGGACAAAAGUUCCAGACAAGCUAAGGUGGUGAAAUCUCCUUUUGAACGUCGCCUCAAGUUUCCAACAAGCAUAUCUCAUUGAGAAGAAGUUGAAAGAAGACAGUCAACAUUUUUUUGAUUGGUACAUGGGGACAAUAUGUGUCAUCACACAUCCAUCAGUAAAAGCAAGACAAGUAAAAGCAAUUAUUCUGGCUCUGAGAACAGUUGAACAUCCUGCUGAUUCAAUAGAAGGAUCACAUCAAAGUACUGAAACCGUGGUAUUAAGCCCCCUUGUUUUUUUCGGCCCUAUACAUGACUUUCAGAGAAGCACAAAUGGCCUGCAGAUCAGGCAUGGUGAUGAGUGCCUUGUUUUGGUCUGUUACUGUUGUAUGUUUGACUCACAUUGAAGGAGUAAAUGGUGAUUGUUGGUUAAUUGAGGGUGAAAAGGGCUUUGUAUGGCUUGCAAUUUGCAGCCAAAAUCAACCGCCUUAUGAGGCCAUCCCACAGCAUAUCAAUAACACCAUUGUUGACCUUCGUCUUAAUGAAAACAAAAUCAAAAGCAUUCAUUAUUCCUCUCUCAGUCGCUUUGCCAACUUGACCUACCUAAACCUGACCAAGAAUGAAAUCUCAUACGUAGAGGAUGGAGCCUUUUCUGCACAGUUUAACUUGCAAGUUCUCCAAAUGGGCUUCAACAAGUUACGAAAUCUAACAGAGGGGAUUCUCCGGGGUUUAGGAAAGCUGCAGUACCUCUACCUCCAGGCAAACUUGAUUGAAACUGUGACACCUAAUGCCUUUUGGGAAUGCCCCAACAUAGAAAACAUUGAUCUCUCAAUGAAUCGAAUACAGCAGUUAGAUGGGUCCACGUUUGCCAGUCUAAACAAACUCACCACUUGUGAGCUGUACACAAACCCUUUCAACUGCUCUUGUGAGCUGCUUGGGUUUGUAAAAUGGCUUUCAACUUUUCCAAAUCGGACAAAUGAGCGGAUGGUCUGUGACUCUCCACGUGGUGUUGCAGGUUACAGCUUACUGAGCCAGAAUCCUAACAACCCUACAUACCGAAAUGCACUGCACAUGCUAACUACUGUGUGUACUGACGACUACGUGACACCAUUUAUUACUGUCUCCAUGGAGUCCACAACGCUACCACCUGAUGUUACACUUUGUGGGCUGGAAGACUGUCCCUCAGGCACCGAACCAGAGGAUUUAACCAUCAGUACAACUGAAAAUGAUGUAGAGGGAACCCCUCUGAUGAAAGUUAGGGAAGUAACAAACACAGGUGCAACCAUUACAGUACAGCUUCCUAAUCCCUUUCUGAAGAUGUUUAGUCUGGUACUUUAUAACAACAGCUUUUUCACAGAUAUUCAAAAACUAAAGGCCAAAAAGGAAGACAUAGAGCUGAAAAACCUUAAACCCCACACUAACUACACAUACUGUGUUGCUUCGAUACGUAAUGCUCUUAGACACAACCACACAUGUCUAACAGUCUCCACUGGGCCUUGGAAUGGAAAAGACAGAGUUGUAAACAACACAACUGCCACUCACUAUAUUAUGACUAUUUUGGGCUGCCUUUUUAGCAUGGUGAUUUUUCUUGGAUUUGUUUAUUACUGCUUGCGCAGGAAGCGUCAAGAAGAUGAAAAGCAAAGGAAAGCAGGCAGUCUUAAGAAGAAUAUAAUGGAACUCAAAUAUGGACAAGAACUAGAAGGUGGGACUAUUUCUCGAAUGUCUCAAAAGCAACUGAUGGCCGGAGAAAGCAUGGGCCGUAUGCCAUACCUACCAUCUGCAAGUGAAAUGGAGCAGUACAAGUUUCAGGAGAUAAGUGAGACUCCCAAAAUGAUGAAGGGUAACUACAUGGAUGUCCGGAGCAUGGAUCAUCAUGAGCGUAGGGAGUGUGACAUGGGAAUGGCUGGGAAUAGUCAAGGAUCAGUAGCAGAAAUUUCCACAAUUGCAAAAGAAGUUGAUAAAGUAAAUCAAAUUAUUAAUAACUGUAUAGAUGCCCUAAAGUCAGAAUCAACUUCUUUUCAAGGGGUUAAAUCUGGAGCAGUAUCCACAGCAGAGCCUCAACUAGUUCUUUUAUCAGAGCACCCUCAAAGUAAAUCUGGCCUUCUUUCUCCAGUUUAUAAGGACAGCUACCAUCACUCUCUUCAGCGGCAUAGAAGCUCUGAUGUCUCGCCGAAGAGGCCCAGCACUGCCACAGGUGGGCCCAUGCGAAGCCCAAGGCCUUAUCGCUCUGACUCCAAGUACAUAGAGAAAACCUCUCCAACAGGAGAGAGCAUAAUAACAGUGACACCUGCCGCAGCCAUCUUGAGGGCUGAGGCAGACAAGAUCCGCCAGUACAGUGACCACAGGCAUUCAUAUCCCGAUGCUCAGAUAGAGGAGCUUGAAGGACCUGAUAGCCACAAGCUGUUGGAACCCAUUAGCCACUCUCGCUCCAGAGACUUAGCCUAUUCCCAGAUGUCCUCACAAUAUCACAAUCUAAGCUACUCAUCUAGUCCUGAAUACUACUGCAAACCUUCACACAGCAUCUGGGAGCGAUUCAGACUCCACCGCAAGCGACAUAAAGAUGAAGAGUACAUGGCAGCUGGCCAUGCUCUUCGUAAGAAAGUUCAAUUUGCAAAAGAUGAGGACCUGCAUGAUAUUUUAGACUACUGGAAAGGGGUUUCAGCCCAGCAUAAAUCAUAAUUCAUGUAGUUGAUUUUAAAAUGGACCUUCUGUUGUUAAAAUGACACAAGAACAUUGUAUGACAUCUGAGUCAAUGGAUAAUUCUAUACCAUAAUUAACUAAUCUCUCAUGUAUAUCACAUCUCUUUUGACUGUGAAGAAGAUGAAGUGAAGAUUUGUAAAACUUCAAUUAUUAUCUAAAGCAUUCAUCUGGGGAAAAAAGUGCAAAUUAAUUAUGAAUAUAAAUAUAUAUAUAUAUAUAUAUGUGACAAUGGAUAUUAGGUUUUUCGGGUAUCGCAUGGCCAAGUCCUGUGACAGUGGAUUUGCUGUUGUGUAAUAUGAGACUACUAUAUGAAGAAACUGAAACUUUUUAUUUUUUUGACGAACUUUCGGGACCCAAGCAAAGAGAACACUUUUUCUUCCUCCUUGCAUAUAUUUAAUUGAAAAUUGUGUACAGAUAUGGGUUUCUAUAUUUGAAACGUUUUCUGUGUAAAUGGUGAAGUUUUAGAUGAAUCAGGUUUAUCAAACUGACCGCAUUCUGCUUUUAAUACAAUUAUGUUAAAGUUUAACUUUAGCCCUAGAACCGCAAUCAUUUCAGUACUCCUCCGAACUGCCAGAGUUUUAAAGCCCAUUUCUAAGACCAUAAAAAGGCAAAAGUUUUAUUCACAACCACUGCUUUUUGAUCAUCAACUGUUAUAUAUUAUGUAGGGAGAAUAACACUUAACCAGCAGAGAAAAGCUAUUUGGAAUAUUUUUGUUUUACAUUAAGUCACGACAGGCAUAUAAUGUAGUUGAAGUUUCGAAAAGGUUGGUAGUUAACUUACAAGUAAAAAAAUAAAAUAAAAUAAUAGUAGUCUAUAAAACAAAGAUAAAAGCAAUCUAUAUUUAUUGAUAUUGAAUGGUUUUCUGCCCAUUCGGUUCUUUUUUGUGCAGUUCUUGUUUUUUUUUUUGCCAACGACUGAAGGCAUUUAGUGAUUUGCAGAUUAAUGUAUGUAAAAAAUGCCUACAUCCUCAGAAGAAGACCCAUGUUUGCUAUGGUUAGUUUUCAGUACAUAUGGCAGUGAAAAGAUUUUCAGCCCUUCAUAAACAAAAAAGGACAUUUUUCUAUCCAAAUCCUGCAUUGAAAUUUUUAAAAACAGCUUGUUGCACCUUUUUGCAAAUCUUGUUCUUUUUCAAGCUUUUAGAUAGUUAACAAAACCAGUCUAUAGUUAUGGCCAAAAGCAAUUUGUU